UAUAAGGUGAAUGUUCAUGGCACGUACUUGUCGAGUUGCAAAAGUUAACUGAAACCAGUUAGUCAUGCUUUAAAUGAUAGAGCGCAGGAAAAAUGGAUGCAACUACGGAAGUGGACAAUCCCAAUCCUAGAGAAAAAGCCAACAUAUUCUCUAUAAUAUUCUUUGUCUACACAUUACCCAUAUUCAAGAAGGGCGUUAAAAAGGAUUUCGAAGCCGAAGAUUUAUACAACACCCUCGAAAGCGACAGAAGCUCAGACCUAGGCAGCACAUUAGAAAGAAAUUGGAUUAAACAAAAAAGCAAACCCAACAACAAAAAACCGAAACUAUUGCACGCAGUAUGGAACACCUAUUGGAUAGAAUAUUUACGUCUAGGAAUAUUAGUUUUCUUAACGGAUAUAGUGCUGAGAGUGAGCCAACCGUACGUGCUCGGUUUGCUCUUAGAUUACUACAAUCCGCAGUCUUCGACAUCGAAAGAACAGGCCCUGGGAUACGCCGGAUUAAUCGUAGCAUUCAACGCAUUUUCCUCCUUCAUCAGGAAUCAAUUCUCGAUUAACGCCAAGCACGUCGGCAUGAGGGCCAGAGUCGCGGCAUCUUCCUUGAUUUACAGAAAGGCUCUAAAACUCAGCAACGUGGCGCUUGGCAAAAAUUCCGUAGGAAAAAUCGUCAAUCUUCUAUCCAACGACGUCAACAGAUUCGAUAUGGCGCCCCAAUUGAUCCACCAACUCUGGGUGGGACCGCUCACAGCAAUCGCCGUAAUGUACAUAAUUUUCAGAGAUAUCGGAAUGUCCUGCAUGGCGGGUAUCGUGACCAUAAUCCUCAUGAGUCCCCUGCAAGCCUACAUCGGGAGGCUUUCGGCCAAAUACCGCAGGAAAACGGCCCUCAAAACCGACGAAAGAAUCAGACUGAUGGACGAAGUCAUCACCGGCAUUCAAGUGAUCAAAAUGUACGCCUGGGAGAAACCAUUCGCUAAAUUAAUAGCACUGGCUCGCAAAGCCGAAAUAAACAUCAUCAAACGGGGACAGUACGUCAGGGGGAUAUUCAUGGCCUUCAACAUGUUCAACAACAGGUUCGCUUUAUUCGCCACCUUAGCUACAAUGGUGUUCCAGGAACAGGCCAUUACUGCCUCGAGAGUCUACGUCUACAUGUCCUACUACCAAAUCCUGGCCAAUACCUUGGCGGGAUCCUUCGUGAACAGCAUCACCCAGUACGCCGAGCUGAUGGUGUCCAUCAACCGAAUGCAGGACUUCCUGGAGAGCGAGGAGCACCAGCAGCCGCGCCUGCUGAGCAGGGGGCUCAGCUCCGACGGAUCCAAGGACAUGGUCGUCCUGAAGGACGUCACGGCGGUCUACGACGAAAGUUCCUCGGAGCCGGCGCUGAAGAACAUCAACAUCAGGAUGGGCAGCGACUUCCUGCUCGGCGUGAUGGGCCCGGUGGGCAGCGGGAAGAGCUCUUUGCUGCAAACGUUGUUAGGGGAAACCAGUAUUAUCCAGGGCGGUUUGACGAUCAACGGGACGAUUUCGUACGCUUCGCAGGAGCCUUGGAUAUUUUCCGCUACGAUCAGACAGAACAUCCUCUUCGGAUCGCCGUUCGAUCAGAAGAGGUACGAUCGGGUGAUACGCGUUUGCGAGCUGCAGAAGGACAUCAACCAGUUCGCCGAUCGGGAUUUCACCGUUAUAGGCGAGAACGGGGCCAAUCUGAGCGGCGGCCAGAAAGCCAGAGUCAAUCUAGCUAGGGCCAUAUACAAGGAGGCGGACAUUUAUUUGCUGGACGAUCCGCUAUCCGCUGUCGAUAUAAUGGUCUCAAAAGUGCUCUACGAGGACUGCAUUCAGGGCUUCCUGAGCGGGAAAACUAGAAUUUUGGUUACUCAUCAAGUACAUUACCUGAACACCGCUGAUCAUGUUAUUGUUUUGAAUGGAGGUAACAUAGAAAUCGAAGGUACUUACUCGGAAUUGGUCAAAAGCGAAAACCCGCUCACCGUUCACCUAACUGAAGAAGAAAACGAGAUAAUCAAACGGCAACUCUCCAUAUCCGAAGCCUCUGUAGAUGGAGACGAAAGGAAAACUAGCGUGAAAAACACUCCUCCCACCGUAAACGGCAAGAUCAAAGACGUGUCGAAGCAGAUGCAAGAGAAAACGUCGAAGGGAACGAUCGAAGGCUCGUUGUUGUGGAAGUAUUUCCGAUCUGGUCUCUCCGUGUUCGAGAUGAUGUUCUUGGUGGCCUUGCUGGGCACCGCCCAAGGCGCGGCAAGUUUGAACGACUGGUACAUGAGUUUCUGGACCAACGCCGAGGAGGCCAGGACUUUGAACCUAACCAAUUCGACGCUGAAUUCGGAAUACCCUACCACCAUCUGGAGCAGCAAUACUUACCUCAUACUGUACUCGGGUAUUUUGGCCGUUUGCUUGAUAACCACCAUGCUUCGCUCGAUUUUGUACUACAAGUUCAUCAUGACCUGCGCCGAGAAGAUGCACGGUGCGCUCUACCGAGGCGUGACUAGCACUUACAUGAGCUUCUUCGACCAGAACCCCAGCGGGAGGAUAUUGAACCGAUUCUCCAAGGACAUCGGUACUGUCGAUGAAGGAUUGCCCGCUAUGCUCUUCAUGUCGACUAGGACACUAUUAGGAAUGGUGGGUCAUCUAGCUCUUGUGCUAUACGUUAACCCCUACACUUUAAUAAUCGUUGCAAUUCUCACCCUGAUAUUCUCGUUCGUGCGACAUAUUUAUUUGAGAUCGUCGAACAAUAUCAAGAGACUCGAAGGAAGAAUGAAGAGUCCUGUAUUCAAUCAUCUAACGGCAACAUUGCAAGGAUUAACGACAAUCAGAGCUUACAAAGCAGAAACGAUUCUCAAAGCGGAAUUCGACAGACACCAGGACCGCCAUUCGAGCUCUUGGUUCAUGUUCAUCAGCGCGAACACCGCCUUCGGAUUCAGCCUUGAUCUCAUUUGCCUGAUGUUCAUCGGAUCGAUCACUUUCAGUCUAAUUUUGCUGGGCGAAUAUUUCAAGCUAACUGGUGGCGAUGUCGGAUUGGCCAUAAAUCAAGCCACCGCUCUAACUAGUAACAUUCAGUUCCUCGUGCUGUUCUCCGCGAACAUAUCGAAUCAGCUGAUGUCGGUAGAGAGGGUGUUGGAGUACCGGGAGUUGAAGCCCGAACUGCAACCGGAGAAACCCCUGGAUCCGGGGAAAACCUGGCCGAAGGAAGGCAACAUCAGCAUCGAGAAUUUAGUGAUGAAAUACGAGGAAGACGGUCCACAAGUGUUGAAAGAUAUUACCGUCCACAUCAAACCCAAAGAGAAAAUAGGUAUAGUAGGAAGGACGGGCGCCGGGAAAUCCUCCCUGAUCGCCUCGAUUUUCCGGCUCACCGCCGUCGAAGGUAAGAUACAAAUCGACAACGUCAACACCAAAGACAUCACGCUCGAGCAACUGAGGUCCAAGGUCUCCAUCAUACCGCAGGAUCCGAUCCUCUUCUCCGGCACGCUGCGGUACAAUCUCGACCCGUUCGACGAGUACAGCGACGAGGUGCUGUACAGGGCGAUCAACGAGGUCGAGCUCAGAGACCCCAACAACAUCAUCAACAGAUUGGAGAACCGGGUGAUGGUUAGAGGAUCGAAUUACAGCGUCGGCCAGAGACAGCUCAUUUGCUUGGCGAGGGCCAUCAUUAGGAAUAAUAAAAUAUUAGUGUUGGAUGAAGCCACUGCCAAUGUGGAUCCCCAGACUGACGUGCUGAUUCAGAAGACAAUCAGGGAUAAGUUCUCGGAUUGCACCGUCCUCACCGUGGCCCAUCGUUUGAACACGAUCAUCGAUUCCGAUAAGAUUUUGGUGCUGUCCAAUGGGGAAGUGCAGGAGUUCAAUCAUCCGUAUUUGCUGCUGAAGAACGAGCAGAGCGCGUUCAGGAAAAUGGUCGAAGAAGCUGGACAAACUACGCUCAAACUGUUCGAAGACACCUCCGGUUCCAAUUACCAAAGAUCGCUCGAUUCCGUUAAGAUUUAAAAGGAGAAUUUAAGAUAGCUAAAUGAAAUUAUUGUGAGAAUUGUAUGUGUAC